AUGCCGCCGUCUCCUGACAGUAACACCGAGCCACCUCCGGAAGGGACAACUCGCAGUUGUUCAAAACGUGGCAACAGUACGAUCUGCAACCUAGACGCGGAAAAGUUGACGAGUGUGUCUCGUCGUGCCUAUGCUAGUUUGCCGUCGAGAGCGGAACAUGAAAGUCUUUCUACUUCAUCGAAAUCCGUUCAGAAUGGCGGGGAUUAUGACGUCGAGUGGCAUGGAUUUCGGGAUUCGAGUGUGCAAAGACUAGCAGAGGACGCGAAAAUUUCCCAGGGCCCCCGAACGACACGCGAUCGGUUAAAUAUCCCAAGGGUAGAUAGCCCCACCGUCCUCAAUAGGUUGAUCCAUCCUUGUGUGAAACGCAAAGCAGACAGGAGUGGCACUCAGAACAACAGUAGCGAAGAUACAGUUUGGCUACUUGGGUCGAGGAGCGAAAAGCAAAGUCUGUCUCCCCUGUCACAGAAAGAGGCCGUUUAUUUGGUGAUUGACAACGAUGUUGUGCCUGUCAACGCCCGUGAUCUGGCGCUUCGAUGGUCAUGGGUUUUCCGCGGUCUCCACUGUUUGCCCAUGUGGAGGGAAAAUCGCCCCUUAAUUCAGGGUUGGAUUUGGAAAUUGAAGAAGAAAUCAGAUUCACUGUCUUUCUCAUUGGCGCUGGCAACACGAGCGAGCAGAAUCCCGUACGUUGGUCGCCACUUGGUUGCGAACAAACGGUUCAUAACCAUCGACAUCGAGAAUCGCGUGUUCUACUACCGUAAAGGCAACCGAAACUAUAGCAUGCCAUUUUAUUUUAAUGAUAUUGUUUCUGUUGAUGUAUGUGAGCUAACAUGGGCGAAGGAGUUCGGUUUUUGUGGCAUUCACCUCCGCAGCGACACGCUAGAAAGAAGUGUUUGUUUCUGUGUCAAAACAAAGACAGCGUUCCACACUUGGCUCUAUGCUUUCCUCCUUGUGUGGAAUACCAGAAAUGUUCUUCCGUAUCCUAUGCUUCCGCAUGGAGGUGACGGUGAUCGUGGUACCAUUCUGAACACCUCCGGUGACUUUGUGUGCCACAGACUGUCCCCAUCGUUUGAUUGUACGUCGUCGACGCAGAGGACGAGCUCAGGUGAUAGACGAAAAAAGGGCAGAAAGUGGGGAAUAAGUCGGAUAUUCGUGAAGUUCUGGCGAGUAUCUGUUUCUACUAUCUUCACGACGAAGUCACAAGAAAAUAAGCGAACGCAAGAUGCCGCAUGUUCAGAAGACUUCUUGGCUGAACAUGGUCCUGAAAGGAAGCAAAUAAGUUCCUGCAAGAAGUUCACAGUCAAUGAACAUCGCACACACCGGCCACCAUUUAUAGCUGUAAGUGAGGAGACAACGCCUUCAACGCUUUCAGUGAAGUCGAGGAGAGUUUUGUGUGACGUGUCCUGUUUUUGCACCCCUGCCCCGACGGGCCUUAAAAGUAUCCGGUCACUGGAGGUGCUUGACGAGGAACAUUUGAAGGAGAAGUUGAGAAAAUCGACCCGGCCUUUGAUUGAUACUUGGCUUCAGAAUGGUUCCCAUCUUUUGCCCGGUUUCUUAGAUUCAAUUGCCUGUGAGCAGCGACAUUUUCCACUCCCUAGGUUUUGGUCGCCGUUUUCGCGGCAGAAACGAAAUGAGACAGUACAUUUGACAGACGCUCACCCUGAGUUUUCGAGGGGAAGUCUCAAUAGCUAUAAAGGCGAAACGCAGCUAGAGGAAGGCAUAGCGGAGGGAGAAAGUGCAGGCAAGAGAGGUUGUCGGGGCAUGUGCUUGUUGCAUGACUAUAUACACGUUUGUGCGUGUUUGCCCCAGCUGUCCUGGUCAGAUAUCUCCAGUAAUCAAAAGGAUUCAGUGAAUAGUGUAGAGACAAACGAUGAAUCGUUUACCGAGCCGAGUCGUGAUUCGUUCUUGUCUUGA